AUGCGCUUCUCAACCAUUUCCCUGGCUGCUGCCAUCUCGGCUCUCUUUAUCGCCGGCGUCGCUGACGCUCAGGCGGCACCCGCCUGCGAUACCACCAAGUGUAUCUUCCCUGCCUGUGUCUGCCCCUCCGUCAACCCUCCCAAGGGCAUGGACCCCAAGACCGUCCCCCAGUUCUUCACUCUCACCUAUGACGAUGCCGUCCAGGCCCCAACCGUCCCCGUCGCUGCCUCGUUGAUGACCCCCCACAGAAACCCUAACAACUGCCCCAUCAAGGCCACCUGGUUCGCCCAGACCCUCUACUCUGACUAUGCCCUCAUCCAGCAGUGGUACGCUGCUGGUAACGAGAUCGCUGACCAUACCAUGAACCAUAUCGGUACCCCUCCAAUUGAGGAGGUCACUGGUAACCGCAAGGCCAUCAACGCCUUCUCGGGCAUCCCCUACGCCAAGAUGACCGGCUUCCGUGCUCCCUUCCUCAACUACUCAAAGUCGACCUUCGACGUCCUCGCCCAGGAAAAGAUCCAGUACGACUCUUCCACCACCGCCACCACCACCGACGCCUACUGGCCCUACACCCUCGACUAUGGUGUCGCUAACGACUGCUGGACCGGUAUCUGCACCCAGGGUGUCGCCCAGCCUGGCAUGUGGGAGAUCCCCAUGCACGCCAUCAUCGACCCCCAGGGUAACGCCUACUCGAUGGACGUCCAGUUGAGCGGCUCUGCCAGCGUCGUCUCCCAGUGGCUCAAGGACAACUUCAACCGCCACUACCAGGGCACCCGCCAGCCCUUUGGUAUCUUCCUCCACCCCGUUCACGUCGGCAACGCCACCAGCCUCUACAACGAGUUCUUCGCAUGGGCUGGAGCCCAGAAGGAUGUCUGGUUCGUCACCAACCAGCAAUUGCUCGAGUGGAUGAAGAACCCCGUCCCCGCCUCAGAGAUGGCCAACCAGCCCUACAUGAAGUGCCAACAGCCCGCCGUCGGCAAGGAGAUCUGCAAUGGAUUGGAUGACUCCAAGGCUGGAUCGAUCGACAAGGAUACUCUUCAGAUGUGCAACUUUGCCACGGGCUCGUGGUCAACCUGCUAUGGAUGCCCCACCGAAAACCCCUCGGUUACUGUCCCCGUCCCUGCUCGUGCCGUUGCUGCCGGCCAGACUGGUUACCGCACCCCUGUCCCCGCGACCUGCGCCAUGGAGUGGUGGGACCCCGUUGGUGCCAAGUGCUUGUGCGACAGCUCCAACUGCACGUUCAACGAUAUUGCUACCCAGACCCCUACUGCCACCACCCCUUUGCCCACUUCGACUGGCUCCCCUAACGGAAACAAGGGUAACAGUGCUGCCGGUCAGGUCAUGACUGGUUCUAUGGUCACCCUCGGACUUGCUGCCGCUAUUGCUGCUGGUCUUGCCCAGUUGUUGUAG